AUGGACAGAUCGGUAUGCUCCUUUUACCAAAAAAUCGGCGCUUGUAGACAUGGGGAGAAAUGCUCGAGGAAACACAUCAGGCCAUCGGAGUCCAAGACAGUUCUCUUAGCCAAUAUAUAUCAGAACCCGAAGGUUUCAACCAAUGAGAAUGAGACAAUGAACGAUAAACAGAUGAUAGAGGCUUUUGAUCAUUUCUACAGUGACGUCUUCAAGAAACUAGCGACCGUGGGAGAAGUUGAGAGGAUAGUUGUGUGUGAGAAUGAGAAUUUCCACUUGAGUGGGAAUGUUUACGUACGCUUCACCACAGCCCAGGCGGCCAACGAUGCAGUCAUGCUGCUAAACCAGGAAUGGUAUGCUGGGCGGCCAGUAUACUGUGAGCUCUCACCAGUGUCCAGUUUCCAGGAGGCCAAUUGCAGGGCCCACGACACUAACUCUUGUACUCGAGGUGACCACUGCAAUUUUAUGCAUGUGAUUAGACCUACUGACGAUCUUCGGGUACGCUUGAGACAAGCGCAAGACAAGCAAAUUGCGCUAACGAAAAUUCGCUUGGCCAUGGGUGAUCCGUCAUGGGGCAUGCAAUGGGAAGAGCCCUCAAGUGAAAAAUAUAAGCGUGAAUCUGUUCCACAGGCUACUUCGAGUGUCCCUAUAACAAGCAAUAAUCUGGAGACUCCCGGAGAUAUUGGCGGGGACCCGGAGGAUUCAAAGGUGGAAGCUGUGGCAAAACUCUUCGGAAAGGAGUGA